AUGAGUCCCUCACGCGCCUGCACAGGUCCCAGGAUAUUCACGGGCGUUCUAUUCUUCGUUGCUGUUGUCGUUCUUUUUCGAGCGUUUGGCACGCAGCCAGUCGGGAUGAGCCAGCGCGUUUCGCCCAACCCUCUGGAGGGUUUGAAGGUGUCGAUCGAGCAGUCUUCCACCGAGUGGCCUAUCACUGUGAAGGCGACUGUCACCAACACCAAUGACUACACCGUCAGUAUCCUGACAUACGACUCGCCACUCGAUCAGGCUGCGUUCGCCCUUGGCUUGCUGUCGCUCACGCCCUCUGGCAAAGAUACGCCGCUGGAACUGGCAACUGUGCAGUUCCGCAGGAUCUGGCCUCCAACGAGGGACCACUUGGUUGAGUUUGCAGCCGGGGAGAGCAAAAUGAGCGAGAUUGAGGUGAAGCCUGUGAUGGUGCCCAAGGAGACGCUGGGUGACACCCCGACGGCGUUGUUGAAGGGCGAGUGGAGAGCAGUCUGGCCGAAGGCGAAGGACGACAUUAGCGAUGCCUCGCUUGACAAUCCCUCUGAUAGUGCAGAUGCGUUUUUGGGCUACGGAUUUCUUGCCAAGGGCAACCCUUACAAAACAGGGAGCUGCCGUCGAUUGACACAUGCGUCCGGCAGGAAACUGUACGUCGUCAAAGAUGGGAACAAGAGUGUUGGGCUCCGGGCACCACACGACAUCAUCAGCAAAGUUCAUCAGCAGGACAAGGAAACCAGGGGGACGCGACGUGCCGCUGUUGAGAGGCGCGAUGGGGCAACCGAAGCGGCAUUAAAGGAAGCAAUCCUCAAAGACUUCCCCAAGAUCCCAGAAGAUAGCCUCGGAACGAUCCUCCAGCAUACAUUGAAGAAGCGCAGUGGGAGGGUUGGGCGCACAGGCACGCGCGACAUGGCCUCCAAGGUCCGGCUGGCGGUCACGGCUCACGUUCGACACAAAUACACCGACUAUGACACACUGCUCAAGAGGAAUCAGAAAAGCAUGCAGCGCCCGCAAGCGAGACAGCUGGUCCACCCUGAGAUUGUUGGUGUCCUGCGCGACUGGAGAGGGGGCAAAGCUGUUCAUCCGGCAAAGUCCAAGCAGGCAGCCCCGACCACGCACAAUCAGAAGCAGGAUAUUCCUCAGGGCGCUCAAUCUGCUCAGAUGAAGAAGCCUAGCACUGCAAAGACUGCAAACCACCACCACUCCAAUGGAACGAGCUGCGUGUUGUCUAGCAGCGAGCGUCAAGAAACACUGCGGCUUCCGUCAGUACAGCCCGCGCGCGGCGGCCGCCUACGGGUUCAGACAAGAUCGAUACGUGCCUCGGGCGGCCAGAGCAGCAGUUUCGAGCAGCUAGACAUGUCGGCAAACGACAGAGAUAAUCCCAUUGUCCUGGAUUCAUCGGGGGGCGAGGAGAGCGAGGCACUGGACAACGGCAGCGAUUUUGAUUCCCUGGAUGGAUUUAUUGUACAGGACGACUUGGAUGAUUCAGACUAUGAUGAUACGGAUCUUGAACUUCGCCUGGAUGAUUACGAGUAA